AUUUCGUAGUGAGCAGAAAACACUGCCAAUGGCCGCGCUCCUCUCCCGUCCGCCUCGGCGCCUCAUCCGCUUCCCCAAGCCCCAAACCCUCCUCUCCCCGGCAUUGACCCCGCCUUCCCCUCCCCACGAUCUCCCGGCGAGCAUCCCGCCGCUGGGAUUCAGAGAGUCGGGAUGGAGUGCGCCGCCGCAGUGGCAGCUGUGGCACCGCGCCCUGUGCACACACUCCGACCCUCGGAGCUCCGGCACCUGCGACGCUGGCCUGGCCGCUGCUGCAGGCGCAUCGCCCGACGUCGCCCAGGUGUCCGGCGUGGGCGCCAACGGAGCGCACCAGACGGUCGGCAAGAAAGGAGAUCCUGAGACUAGUGUGUGUAGCAAGGCCAUUAAGAUCAUGACGUACAAUGUGUGUUUCGGGCAGAACAUGGAACUGCACAGUAGAAUUCCUGCUAUUGGAGAUAUUAUCCAGCACCACAGCCCAGAUCUUAUAUGCCUCCGGGAGGUUACACCAGAGAUACAUGGGCUUCUUGAAAAAUCCGACUGGUGGGCAGAAUACAAAUGCUUCAUGCCACAUGAGAUGGCAUAUUAUAUAGAAGCGGAAAAGGUCCGUUCCAAUAUGGUGAGACCAUUCACGAAAAAGAAAAGAAAUAUGAGAUCAUAUUUCUGCAUGCAGAUGAGCAAAUUGCCUGUGGAUUGUUUCCGCGGCGUUCCAUUUUCCAAUUCAGCAAUGGGAAGGGAGCUGAGCAUGGCAAAUGUCAGCAUUGGCAGGGUGACCUUGGUGUUGGGCACAAGCCACCUAGAGAGCCCGCGUCGUGAGGCUCCUUGGUGGGAUCACGACAUGAGCAGAAACAAGCGAGCUGCUCAGGCAAAGGAAUCCCUCAUGUUGUUGGGAGGAAGAGGAUCCCGUAACGUGAUAUUCUGUGGGGACAUGAACUGGGACGACAAGAUAGGCGGGGCCUUCCCUCUGCCGGACGGCUGGGUUGACGCCUGGGCUCAGCUGAAGCCGGGUGAAGGCGGCUGGACGUACGACACGGUGGCCAACGCCAUGAUGUCUAAAGGGUACAAGAAACUACAGCUGAGGCUGGAUCGGUUCGUGUGCAAGCUGCCGGAUUUCGAGGUCCAAGGCAUCGAGAUGGUUGGGAAGGAGCCCAUGCCCGGCGCCUCGUACGAGAAGGUGAAGGAAUUCAGCCAUAAGUCAAAGUCUGGAAAGAAAUUCAGCGGGACGUGGGAGUGGAUGCUGCCUGUGCUGCCCAGCGACCACUUUGGGCUCGUCUUGACGAUCGCCCCUCGGGAUGGAAGCAGUGCUCCGUUAGAGUAAGUGGUGAUCUUAUUCUUGUGCGUAGCAGUUACGAUGGAUCAUCGUCAGGCUGGACGUCGAUCGUAGCCUGUGUCGGCCACUUUUGUGUAGUGGCUUGUGUAGCCUGCAGUGUCGGCCACUUCUGUGUAGUAGAAGUAACGUGUAUGGAUGCUCAGGUACAUGACUUGGGUGGAUGAAAUGUUCCGUGCUCUACCCCAUUGCCAUGGAUUGCCCCAAAUUUUGUAAACUUUGAAAGUGGAGGCAUAUCCUGCUAAAUGGCUCGUAACUCCCUUCGGUCCUUUUUAGUUUGCAUAUAAGUUUUGUCCGAAGUCAAAUUUUCUACUUUGACUAAAAU